GACACUUGACACGUGAAUGCCGGUCGGCAGCCAAUUCAGACCCACCUGAGGACUGCCUCGGACAGAGACUCACAGACAACUCUUAUCUCAUCAAUCCCCCGUUUAACGCUAGGUGCCAUCUCUGUGUUGGCUAUCCUCUCUAGAUGGUUCAAACUAGAAAUGGUCAUCGAAAAGGAAGGCACCUUUGACAUUGGAGGCCACAGUGUCUACACCAAGUCAUGGCUUCCCGAUGGACCCAUCAAGGCCAAGCUGAUCUUCAUUCACGGUUUCAGCGACCACAUGGGACGAUACUAUGGAUUCUUCCCGUCACUCGCGGCGCGCGGCAUCGCGGUCCACGGCCUUGACCAGCGGGGCUGGGGCCGUUCGGUGCGCAAACCCAGCGACAGGGGACUCACGGGCCCCACGUCGCAGGUUCUGGCCGACAUGGCCGCCUUCAUCACCCCGCACCUGCCCAAGGCCCCGACGGACCCGCCCGUCUUUGUCAUGGGCCACUCGAUGGGCGGCGGGCAGGUGCUGACGCUGGCGUGUUCGCCGGCGUAUCAGGACAGCCUGGUGCGCCAUGUCCGCGGCUGGCUACUGGAAAGCCCCUUCAUCGGCUUCUCGCCCGAGGAGCAGCCCAGCGCGAUCAAGGUCAUGGUUGGCAGGCUGGCGGGCAAGCUGUUGCCCCAGUUUCAGCUUAAGCAUGUUGUUCUGCCGGAGCAUUUGAGUCGUGAUCCGGAGGUGGUUAAGAGCAUUGCUGAGGAUGAGCUGAUGCACAAUACGGGCACGCUGGAGGGGCUCGCGGGAUUGCUUGACCGCACGGCGGCGCUGGCGAAGGGGGAGGUCCGGCCGCAGCCUGGAGGGGCGCUCCGGGCGCUGUGGGUCGGGCACGGCACGCACGAUAAGACUACCUGGUUUGACGCGAGCAAGAAGUACUUUGACGAGUGCACUGGUGAGGUGCCGGAUCGGCAGUUCAGGGCCUAUGAAGGGUGGUAUCAUCAGCUGCAUGCUGAUGGGCCACAGAGCGAGGAAUUUUAUAGAGAUGUAGGGGAUUGGAUUCUCGCUCGAUGCGAGGCUGACAAACCGGAAGCGAAGCUAUGAUGAGGAGGCUCUUGGAUAAGGCUGAAUGAUUAUAAGGAAUGUCUCUUUUUUUUGGGUUUUUGAUAGCGAUUGAGGAAUGGUUUGUUUUCUAUAGGACUCAGAAUCUGGAUCUGGACUGACAGCAUCGGCCUUGAGGUUAUGGUAACGGUAAGAUGUCGCGUAUGUCGGGGUA